AUGGCCUCGACCUUAUCAAACCAAAAAUCAUUGCGAUCGCUUCUCUAUUCUCAGUGUAAAUAUAGACUAUGUCGAUAUGGAAACCACUGAUGACUACGGAAGUCAGGUGUUCGAAUCGGCCGAUGAUGUCGACCGAAUAAAUGAAGACCAGAAUGAUAGCCAUAUGGAUAUAGAAUCAGAAGAAAAAAGACGAAAAGAAGCUAGAAUCACUACACCAUUCUUGACAAAAUAUGAACGAGCACGCGUUUUGGGUGCCAGAGCAGCACAAAUUAGCAUGAACGCGCCCAUCAUGGUAGAACUCAAUGGAGAGACAGAUCCAUUGCAAAUAGCUAUCAAGGAACUCAAUCAAAAAAAAAUUCCACUUAUCAUUCGCAGAAAAUUGCCUGAUGGAAGUUACGAGGAUUGGGGAGUAGAUGAGCUCAUAGUAGAUAAUUCAAUGUUCAGUAGAGAAAGAUAACUGUAAAAACAAAAUGUAUA